GUCGCUAGUUCCGUUAUCACACUUCGGGCGUUUCUCGAUGUCGUGGGCCGAAACGCAUGGUGACCAUGUCAAAGAAUCAUCUCGUGUUGAAGGAGUCGCAAAUUUUCAUUUUGCUUGCAUUGGUGAAGUGGAACGCUGCAAUAAGAUGUUGCGAUCGCAAAUCUAGACUUUCGGAAGAGUUCCGCGGCGAUACCUGUCACAUAAUUAAUUCCUUUCAUUUCAUUCCCUGAUUUUGAGGUGAUGGAAUUGGUUUUCGAAUCGUGAACGUGUUGACGCGAGAAUAUCGUAAUUGUUCUGUUUAGUAAGUGUGUGUGAAAGGAGGCAUCCGAGCACAAAGGAACCAUCAGAAGAGCAGUCAAGUACUGUGUACUCAACCAUUGAAUGAUGAUAUUUUCAGAUGUGAAAGGGAUUCUAUUUGACCAUUUUAUUGUACUGUAGUUCGAGGAUCGUGCGAGAUUUACUUGUUUUAUCAUGGAAUUAUAUGUACCCACAAAAAAUAAAAUUCCAAAUUUGACUGAAUGAAAUAAUUGUCGAUGCCUGUUUUUCUCCUUGUAACCUUUCGUUAGAAUGCAAUUCAUUUCGGAAUCAAAAGCUGGUCGUCGUGCUGUAACAUGCAACUUUCGUGAUGAUUUGUCAGGUCUUUUUAUCGUUAAGUGGGAAUGAAUUUCACUGUCCACGAAGCCUCGAGAACUUGUUCCUCUUGUGGUUUGAUCGAAGUGAUGGGCGAGAUCCGGACGGCUACUAUUUGAAUUCUGCAACGGAAUGCAUUCGUGGUUUUUCAGUUACGGGUGCUGUGAAAUGCAAUCUUCGUAUUCACUAUACCAUUCCUCUGCUUGAUGAAUUAUUCCCACCAUUGGUGACAGUCUAUCCGUCCAUGCAGACGUAAUUUUUCAUUCUCGCGUUUGCCUAGGUUGUACAGGUGUCACAAACCCGAAGAAAAUGGAUUUUUCAGGUGAAUGAAACGGAGCAAUGGAAUGGAUUUUCGAUCGAAGGUGAUCAUCGGCGUGGGAGCUGUGAGCGUCUUGACUGCGUCCUACUGGGUUUACCUAUUCAUCACCCACCGUCGAAAAUCGAAGCGAGAUCAGGAUUCGGAAGAAAAGGAAUCCACCGACGACCCGAAAGUCGGAUCACCCACAAGAACGCGUUUGGAAAACGUAUCUCUGGAGGAAGCUCUGCAACAACUUCGAUCCUUGACGAAGCGCACUAGGCGAAGUGCAAACAAAGUCAGGGAACUGAUCACAAAAGAAGAGACUAAUCUUUUGAGAGCAAAACGAAGAGGAAAUGUUGAUUUCGCUGCCAUUCAUGAAGACAACAUCAAACGACUCCAUAGCAAAUUCAUUUACGAUACCCAACUGUCGGAGCGGUUGAAUGGUGCUGUUACCAAGAUUGAAUCUCACAUGCGUGCAAUGAAGGACUUGAACGAAGUGAAAGCACUGCUUCAACGAAUGAUGAUGACUUUGGACGAAGAAGAGGAAAAAUCGGUCCUGAGUUCAAUCACGGAUUUGGAACGUGAGCUCGAGCACGUCGAAAGUCUAGAACCAGCGAAGUCGACAAACACGACCACGUCAGCCUCGCCGUCGAGACAUAAAACAACUGCGCGAGAAGGCAAGUUCAAUGAGCAAGCAAUUGCUGGAGAUAUUAUAAGCCUUCGUGGGACAAAGAGCUUCCUUUUGCCAUCAGGUCAAGUUGCAUAUCUUUUCAGUCACGAGCGAGAGAAAUUGGCAUCAAUUGAAGCAGCUACGGAUACCGAGAUACGAUUUGACGAAUUUGAUCCUGCACGAAGGAAAUGCCUGAUCUCCGGAUGUACUCUGGGGAUCAUAGAAGCUGAAAAACAGCUUAGGGUCCUCAUCCGUGAAUAUCCGAUCGACGAAACGUUAACCAUUCCUCGGGAGAUGGUGCGAUAUAUCAAAGGAAAAAAUGGCACGACGAUCAAGUCGUUGAAAGCGGAUACUGGGGACUUGUUUGAGCUAAAGGUGCCGUGUUGA